GCCCUGCCUGGGCUUCAGUUGCGCAGCAGACAAGCCAGCAGAGAAAGCCACUCCGAGUCCCUUUCUCUGGGGGAACAAACGUGUCCCCUCCCCGCCAAAGCCUCCGCAGACAAACCCAUUACAAAAAAAAAACCGCAAAAGUGUGUAAGGAAGUCGGCAAGAUGGAGGAGCCCUCGACCUCGACCAGGGGCCAAAGAUCCCACAUGGAGCGGAAAAUGAGCGCGAUGGCGUGCAGCGUCUUCAACGAGCUGCGUCUGGAGGGGAAGCUGUGUGACGUCAUCAUCAAGGUCAACGGCAUGGAGUUCAACGCCCACAAGAACAUCUUGUGUGGCUGCAGCUCCUACUUCCUAGCCCUGUUCACCAGUGGCUGGAAUAACUCCGAAAAGAAGGAGUACAACAUCCCUGGAGUGUCCCCGGAGAUGAUGAAGCUGAUCAUCGAGUACGCCUACACCCGCACCGUGCCCAUCACCGCCGACAACGUGGAGGGCCUGUUGGCGGCGGCCGACCAGUUCAGCAUCCUGGGCAUCGUGCGGGCCUGCUGCGACUUCCUGGAGUCCCAGCUGUGCCUGGAGAACUGCAUCGGCAUCUGCCAGUUCGCCGACUUCUACCACUGCCCCGGGCUGCGGCGCAAGGCCUACCUCUUCAUCCUGCACCACUUCGAGGAGCUGGUGAAGGUGUCCCAGGAGUUCCUGGAGCUCUCCGCCGGCCAGCUGCGCGACAUCAUCGAGAAGGACGACCUCAACGUCAAGCAGGAGGACGUGGUCUUCGAGGCCAUCCUGCGCUGGAUCGCCCAGGCGCCCAGCGAGCGCCGGGCCUGCAUCUCCGUGCUGCUGCCCAAGGUGCGCAUGGCCCUGAUGAACGCGGAGUACUUCAUGAACAACGUGAAGAACAACGAGCUGGUGAAGGACAGCGAGGAGUGCAAGCCCAUCAUCAUCAACGCGCUGAAGGCCAUGUACGACCUCAACAUGAACGGGCCGUCCAGCUCCGACUUCCGCAACCCCAUGACCCGCCCGCGCCUGCCCUACUCCAUCCUGCUGGCCAUCGGCGGCUGGAGCGGCGGCAGCCCCACCAACGCCAUCGAGGCCUACGACGCCCGCGCCGACCGCUGGGUCAACGCCACAGUCCAGCAGGAGAGCCCCCGGGCCUACCACGGCGCCGCCUACCUGAAGGGGUUCGUGUACUGCGUGGGCGGCUUCGACAGCGUGGACUACUUCAACAGCGUGAGGAAGUUCAACCCCGUGGCCCACACCUGGCACCAGGUGGCGCCCAUGCACUCCCGCCGCUGCUACGUCAGCGUGGCCGUGCUCGACGGCUUCAUCUACGCCAUGGGCGGCUUCGACGGCUACGUGCGGCUCAACACGGCCGAGCGCUACGAGCCCGAGACCAACCAGUGGACCCUCAUCUCGCCCAUGCAUGACCAGAGGAGCGACGCCAGUGCCACCACCCUGUAUGGCAAGGUGUGUGAUCGGGGCCGCGGGACAAGUCCUGGCCGGCGCCCCCUGGGCAGUCUGACAGCUGUGGCUCUAAAGCAGCUCAGGACUUGGCAAGACCUGCAGAUCCCCCCCCCCCACGCCAAUCCGCCUCCCAUGUUCCACUUCCAAAACAGUCACCUUCAAAGGGGCCUGCAGAGUCGCGUUGGCGGGUUUGACGGGACGAACCGGCUGCGGAGCGCGGAGGCCUACAACCCGCUGACCAACAGCUGGCGGCCCGUGCCCACCAUGUUCAACCCGCGCAGCAACUUCGGCAUCGAGGUGGUGGACGACCUGCUCUUCGUGGUGGGCGGCUUCAACGGCUUCACCACCACCUUCAACGCCGAGUGCUACGACGAGAGGACGGACGAGUGGUAUGACGCCCACGACAUGGGCAUCUUCCGCAGCGCCCUCAGCUGCUGCGUGGUGCCCGGCCUGCCCAACGUGGCCGAGUACGCCGCCGCCCGGGACACAGCGGCGCCCUACGGGCAGCGUGACGAGCCCAGAGCGUCCGCCAGCAACGGCCUGCUCUCCGUCUGAGGGCUCCCCGCCCUCCCCUUCCGUAAGCCAGGAGGCGCAGAGGGUAGCAGACGCAUCUAUGUCCUUUUCAAGCUGGGCAAAGGCACUCUUCAUUUCGUUCUGCCUUUAUAUUUUGGGAAGAAAGGAAAAAGAAUUACUCAUUUGUUUUUUGAGAGGCUGUUGUUGAUUUUAAAUGUGUUGUAGCCAGUGAUCAUCCUCACAAAAUAAAACUGUAACCCCUCGUUUCCUCUAAUCUUUGCCCCAGUUUUUUUUUUUUUUAAACCUCAAGGAAGAGAAACUCUAAAACAGCACACGUGGCACAGGCCCAGUGGUUCUUACAUUGUCAGACCAUGCAACACCCCUGCACACGCCUGCUGCGUUCAAGUAAGCAAAAUCCUCCAGGACCCCAGUCCUCUCAAUGGGCACACAUGGAGACUGGCUGGAGGAUUAUUUAAAACAGGAGAACAGGAGGCCCUCCUCUCCACAAAGGGUAGCAGGAGUCGGGAAGAAGAUUCCCCAAACAGGCUGUCAAACCCAGUAUCCUGCUUCCCUUUCAGGACUGGCUGGAGAUCUUAGCUACUCGCAACUGAAUACUUUUGAUGAGCACUUCCCGCUGGUAACCUCUUCCGGUUUACAGACCUCGAAUCAGAAGUGGAAACGACAAAACGGCAGCGAUUCAAAAUGGUUUUUAUUGCAAAUGACAGCACUCGCUCUGUAUUUUCCACAUGUACUGAAACAUCACAGACACAAACACACAUUUAGUUCUACAGUUUAUAGUUCCUGCUGACACGAGUACCACCUACAAGCAGAAGGUGCAUACCCGUCCGCAGUGGACCGCAAAGUGCCAACUACAAGGGAAAUCAAGUGACUUGAUGACCCUCCUACAUCAGUUAAGACUCGUGGAAACCCAACCUGCUCACACUCAUCGCCAAUUUGCUCUGGUCAGAGAUUCAACAGGAGGGAGGCAAAACCUCGAAUGUCAGAUACAGGGCGAACACUGACCACACCGGGGAUCUUGUACAGCCGCUGGUAAGAGGGUUUAUUGCGAUGGAUGUGCCUGUAUCCUCAAACAGGAAAAGCCCCGAAGCAGGCAUGCAAAACAACAGGUAUAAACUCAGCGUGCAAGGGAAGAAAGAAGGCACAAUGAGAACUGGUUAAAAAGAAGUAGCGUGGAGGGUGGA